AUGGGAUUUACGAUAUUAGCCGGAGAUAUGUCGAAGCCUUCAGGUCAAGAAAUGAAGGUUACGAAAGUGGUUCUUCACGAAUGUUACAGCUUAGCGACGUAUUGUAACGACAUAGCACUCGUUGCUUUAGAAAAUCCGUUAAAAUUUUCAAGAAAAGUACAUUCAAUCCCUCUAACAAUGAACUACAUAAGCAAAACGAGUUGUUCAAUUCUAUCGUGGAAUCCUUGCCUUGAAAAGGAUCAAAAACCAUACUCUUAUCUAUCAAAAGUUUGCAUGAAAACCAUAAGCGAAAAAAAAUGUGUAAAUCAUUUUGCAAGAUUACCUAACGCCACUGCUUAUUUAAACCAUAACAAAACGUGCGCAAUUAUUACAUCAAAAAGGAAAAACGCCACCGGGUUAUGCUCCAUCGAUUCCGGAAGCCCCCUAGUACAUAAAAACGAGCAAAUUGGGAUAUUGAGUAAUCCCAACACGGAAUUUUCUAGCAAUUCCCCAAGCAUUUUUACGAGAAUUUCAUCCUACAUUAAUUGGAUCUCAACAAACAUGCAUUUACACGGAGAAAAAUGUUCGUUUGAAAAUGUAUUAAAACUUACGAAUGAAAAAUGCUGUUUUAGCACAACUCCUAUUACAACCACUUCUACUACUACAAAUCCAACAACUACAAGAAGUACUAUGUUAAAUAAUCAAACAUUAAAUAAUGCUGCAAUAAAUAAUUCUGUAUUACAUAUUACACAAUUAAGAAAUACCACUACUUCAUCAACUAUUGCAUCAAAAAAUACUUAUUUACCAUCAUGUCCAAUAAUUAAACCAAUUUAA